GGGCGGUUCACCAUCGCUGCCAAGCACCACAUCACCAUUGCUGAGAUCUACGAGGCGGAGCUGGUGGACAUUGAGAAGGCCAUCGCGCACUACGAGCAGGCUGCCGACUACUACAAAGGAGAGGAGUCCAACAGCUCGGCCAACAAGUGUCUGCUGAAGGUGGCCGCCUACGCGGCGCAGCUGGAGCAGUACCAGAAGGCCAUAGAGAUCUACGAGCAGGUGGGGACCAACACCAUGGACAAUCCCUUGCUCAAGUACAGCGCCAAAGAGUAUUUCUUCAAAGCUGCCCUCUGCCACUUCAUCGUGGAUGAGCUGAACGCCAAG